UCGACCACCGCCAUAGUCGGGAAAGGACUGUGGACAAAAUGUCGUCCCACAAGACUUUCAGGAUCAAGCGCUUCCUCGCCAAGAAGCAGAAGCAGAACAGGCCCAUUCCUCAGUGGAUCAGAAUGAAGACUGGCAACAAGAUCAGGUACAACUCCAAGAGGAGACACUGGAGGAGGACCAAGCUCGGCCUGUAAACAUGAGGAUCCAUGCAUCCCAGGAUCCCUCCAUCCCAACAUCUGCCAGGACCUCCAGCUGCUGGGCCUGACCAUGUGGAGGGAACCAUGUUAUCCAGAGCAGCAGACGUUUUGUACAGAUACUCUGGUUAUGACCGUGUUUGACAAUAAAAGAUCUGUGAUCAAACUUGAAA